AUGGCAAUCGGAAGCAGCAUCUUUCUCAUCCUCGCGACUAUUACGACAGUCUUCGCGAUCGAUUCUGCUUCAUUCUCGGCACAGUGGAAGGCUCAAGCCCAAUCUGAUAUCGAUACCAUCAACACAGACUUGGACGACCUCAUCAGCUCAAUCAACAAUCUCGACGCCAAACACAUCGUACACAACAUCGCAAGCUUGACCAGCUCCGUCCGUACUGCAACCCAAGAUGUCGAAUCCGGACCAGGAGUCAAUGACCUCGCCGCCAUGGCCAUCAUCUUUUACGUGCAAGAGCAAAUGGCGCCAAAGGUGGAGGAAGCAAUGUCUGGGCUGGUCAAGGUCAAGAAGCACGUCACAAAGGCCGGGAAACGGAAGGUUGUUGCAAGAAGGCUGAACACAUUGGAGGCAGAACCGAAGAAAUUGGGGGCCGCGCUGUUGUUCAAGGCGCCAGCCGACAGGCAAGAUGAAACACAAGUCAUCAUUGAUGAGAUUGUUGGUGACGUCGAGAACGCUGCGGCGGCAUACAUUUGA